AUGAAUCUACGAUUGGAAUUGACAAGGUUUUUGAACGUCUGCUUUAUACUGUCGUCGACGUUCAUGGUAUGGAAGGGACUCUCCGUGGUCACAGACUCACAUUCUCCGAUUGUCGUCGUUAUUUCUGGGUCCAUGGAGCCAGCUUUCCAAAGAGGUGACGUCUUAUUCUUAUGGAACAGAAACGAGCUCAACAAAGUCGGUGAUAUUGUGGUCUACGAACAGAAUUCCAAGAGUAUCCCAAUUGUGCACAGGGUGUUAAGAGAACAUCACUCACAGAGCUCCUCAAACAGUAAACAGCUCUUACUCACAAAGGGUGACAACAAUGCAGGUAACGAUAUCUCUUUAUACGCAGACAGAAACAUUUACUUAGAUAAACAGAAUGAUAUAGUAGGGACUGUCAAGGGUUACUUACCAAAAGUGGGUUAUAUCACUAUAUGGAUCUCUGAAAACCAAUAUGCAAAGUAUGGGCUAAUGGGACUGAUUGCUCUGAGUUCGUUGUUCUCGACGGAGUAG